AUGGGUCGACUGAAUUACUCUGCGAGAAGGAUCUUCGGGGUCAAGGCCGGCCAGGUCAUCUCCAAGGACCUUAAAAAGCGAAUCCCUCCGGCUCUGAACUCCAAGGCCGCAGGUCGAGAUCCAACUUUGGAAAUCGACGUCUCCAACAAACGGCUUACAGAUGAGGGGUUUAGCCUGUGGAUCGAUGAUCUUAUUGAGUGCAUCAAGUACCGUGACGAUGACCACGUAGCGGGGUUGGCCAGGGUCGUCGAGCUCCAUGUCCGGGGCAACGAGCUCACCGUGCAUUCCCUGGCGAAGCUAGGUGAAGUGGUGGCUCUCUGCAAGGGAGAUCUCCAUGAGCUUGAUGUCUCGAAUAACAAUAUCGAGGUCAAGACCCCUACGGAGAAGCAGAUCUGGUUCGAGUUUCUCUCGUCGUUCAAGGACUGCUACAUGCUCAGGAAGCUCGAUCUGGGAGCCAAUCCGCUGGGUCAUGCCGGGGUGGAAAUCCUGGCCCGCGUCUAUAUCAAGAGUGAUCUAGACUUUCUAGAGGAUGAUGCAGAGGAUAUCAUUGACAAUGCUGCGGAGGAGAUCGAAGUUCUAGCGAAGAACAUGGCGGCGCUGAAGGUCAAGCCGGGGAAGGAGAAUGAAUCUCCCAAGGGUUCUGGCCAGAAGAAGUCGCCUAAUAAGGGCAAGAGUGCCAAAGCGACUGGACCGUCCCAGGUUCCCUUGCCUAAGGAAAAGAUUCACGCCAAGCUCAAGCACUUCGCAUGCACCAGAGGCCUUCGGUCCAUUCCGUAUUUGAUCGUCUGCGAAACCUUCCUGACCGCAGGCAGCACCGUCCACCUCUCCAGCAUGCUGGAGAUCCAACGCACCCCCGAUCAGCUUCUCGAAUUCCUCCCUACCACUGCCAAAACACUGGCUCUCCCCGAGGAGGCGAAAGAGUGCAAGGGGAUAAUCUGGUUGCCUAAUUAUGACCUGGGCGAUAUCGCAUACCAGCUUCUUUAUCUCUCCGAGAGCAUCCACGAUCUGAAGGACAUGUCUGAUCCAGAAGAGGCCGAUGACGAAGCCGAUGAUGAAGACGAUACCCAAAGCAGCUCCGAUCAGCCCGCAGCGCGGAAGAUGGGCACCCUCGAAAUGCGAAAGAUGCAGAGCAAGAGAGGCGUUGAUCUCAGCCGUCUGAACAAGAGGGUGCGCAUGGAGGCCUUGAAGAAAGAAGGCGUGCAUAGCUUCGAUAUCUGGAUCACCGCUUUGCGGAUGAUGCUCGUCUCGCGGGCUCUCUUGCUUGAAGAUAUGGAUCGCCCGUGCGACACCCCAGUCGAGGAGGAAGUUGACACGCAGGUCGAGCAUGAGGAGCCUGAAAAGCCCGCACCCGAGCCUCCCAAGAGAGUCAUCCACGAUCUGUCCGAGGAUGCACGCGUCGAACAAUUGCGCAACCUCCCACAUCCACCCCAGGAUGUGUCCCGCAUCAACCCUGGCCCCUUCUUUCCUGGGACCGAAGAGUUCUUCGCAAACUUCCCUGCGCUGCGCCCCGUGCCCAUCAUUCAAAUUGACACCGCCGAGGACGGAAGCAACAGCGAGGCCACCAACGACUCGGAGACCGCGGCAAACAAGGACGGCUUCUCGUCGACAGGAGGCCCGGGCCACCGCUCAGGCAAGCCCAAUGCUCGCUUUAUCGCCGCCCGCGAGCCUGAAAAGACCCAGUGGCGGUAUGGUCUGCCUCUGGCCCUUUGGCGCCGAAUUAUCGCAGAUGCAGUCGGAGCGAACCAGGUGCUAGACGAGGAACAACAGGAACGAAUCAUGCGCUAUGCAUCGGACUGGAAGGCUUUGGGUUAUGAGAUGACCAUCACCGGCGCUGAGGAUCACCAGCAGAUCUGGAAAUUCCUAGAGACCGUCCACUGCUUCACCUACAGCUGUCUGUGA